ACAUUACUUACAAACUUUUUUUUUAUUACAGUUGAUAUUUCACCCACAGGAGAAUGGAUACCACCAGACGGUGGUUGGGGUUGGCUUGUCCUAUUGGCCGCCGUAAUGGUAAACGUUCUGAUACCAGGAACAAUAAAAUCAUUUGGGGUUUUAUUCGUUGAAUUUUUGAGCGUGUUUGAAAGCGGAUCAGCUAUGGCUGCGUGGAUUCCAGCACUUUGCUACUUUCUUUACAGUUCGCUAGGUCCUCUGUCGAGUAUAUUAUCUGUUAAGUACUCAUAUCGUACAGUCACCUUGAUUGGUGGAACAUUUGCUGCUGUAGGAAUGAUGCUCAGUUUUUUUGCUGAUUCUAUAGUAUUUCUUUGUAUCAGUUACGGAGUAUUUUUGGGUAUUGGUGCUGGUCUAGCGUUUCCACCAACAGUUUACAUUGUUACGUCGUAUUUUUUGCGGCUACGAGGAUUCGCAAAUGGUCUUUGUAUAUCAGGAAGUGCUUUGGGAUCAAUAUUUUUACCACCAGUAUUAAAUUAUCUACUACAAGAAUUCGGAUAUAGAGGUGCAGUUCUAAUCAUGGGUGGUGUAUUAUUACACGUGUGGGCCGCAGCAUUGCUAUAUGAACCCGUAGAAAAGCACAUGAAAUUUGUACCAUUGCCAGUAGAAAAAUUAACAGAUAAACAAGUUGCUGAAGAAGAGGAAGAAGAAGAGACUGAAGAAACAGAUCAGUUAAAUCAUAAUGAAAAUUGCAAAAAUUCUCUUCUCAUUAUUCCAACAAUAAAAACGGAAAAACCUCCUGCAGUUAACAAUACUAAUAACAGUCUAUCGCCAAAACCUAAAGCCGUACCAAAAAGUGCAUCAAGCGUUGCAUUAGAAAACUAUAAAAAUACUCCUGUACAAAAUAGAACACGUAAAAUAAGCAUGCCAACAAAUCGUGAAAUAACAUCACAAAUGCACAGUACUCCAGCAUUACAUGCUGUACCAGAACGCAGCAGCUCAACAGUACGUCGUAAAUCAACACUACGUUCACCAAGUAUUUCAUCAUUCAAUUACAUAAGUACGCCUUAUCACGGCAGUACAUUAUCAGCACUGCAACCGGAGUACGCGUCAAACUUAACGUUAAACGCUAUUUCAAGUACAUUCCGGAAAUCACCUGAAAAAACAAUCAAACCCGCUAACAACGCCAACAAUUCAACUGAUAACGCAAAAACAAAAUUUUUUGACUUGUCUCUUCUUAAAGAUCCAAUUUAUCUCGUUAUUUUAAUUUCAAAUUCAACGAAUGCGGUCAGUUACACAAAUUUCAUUAUUUUACUCCCAGUAUAUGCGAUUUCACUGGGUUACGAUAGAAACCGUGCAAUUGCACUGUUAUCGCUGAAUUCAGCGUUCGAUCUAAUAGGUCGGAUUGGUGGAUCAGCACUUUCAGAUACUAAAAUUAUGCCCAAACAUUGGUACUUUGUUGGUGGAUUACUAGUAUCUGGUGUAGCGUUAACACUAAUGCCAACAUCGACUUCUUACACAAUGUUAGCAAGUUACUGUAGUAUUUUUGGGCUAGCGUCAGGUAUUUACGUUGGAGUCACUGCUGUCAUAAUGGCGGACAUGUUGGGAACUGAAAAACUAACAUCUUCAUAUGGUAUUUCUUUGUUCGUCAACGGUAUUAUACAACUCGUUGGACCGCCAAUUUGCGGAACGAUAUUUGAACAUAUCGGUAGUUAUGGACCAAUAUUCAGUAGCUUAGGUAUUGUUUUAAUUGCCGGCGCGUCUUUGUGGGGCUGUGUGCCAUUUAUUAGAAGACGACAAAAAGCUGGAAAUUUAAAAGCACAAGCUAGUAAAGUUUAA